UUGUUUUGAAUGAUAUAAUCUGUGCGAGUUGUAGCUGUUUUAAUGUAUUAGGGCCAAGUGUUUAUAAAUUGUGUGAAGCGAUGAAUUUAAUAUUCGUUCUGCUAAGUACUGCGGUUGUAAAUAUCUGUGGUGACAAUUUAUUAUUUCAUGAUCGUGAUGACGAAAUAGAUAAGAUUAUUGAUGAUUUACUUAACGGUGAUUACGAAACGAAUAUUGAAUAUGAUGAAAAAUAUGAAAUUAAAAAUGAAGUUCAAGAGGAACAGCCCCGAUUAUCAAAUGGCGUAUGGGAAUGCGGCAAUUGUACAGAUAUAGACGAAUCGAAGCUGUUAUUCAGCGACAAUUUAGACUUGGACACGAAUUAUAAUGAAAAAUUUGGAUUAGAAUUACAGAUUGGAUUUUCAGUUAACGAUAUGCGUUGUAUUACGAUAGAAACGGAAGGAAAUACCGUACGUCGAGUAUCAGGCGCAUGCGCGGGCAAUGAAGUUACUUUGAGUGUUACCCAAAGAAGUCAUUUAGAAGUAAAGAUUUAUAAAUAAUUUCUGAACGAUUCGCGUAGAGAGGGCUACUUACUCUUACGAUAUAAAUACGAAGAUAAUUUAUAAUUAAUAAGGCAGAUUAACAUAAACUAUCUAAUCUGAAAUUCAUUGAAACAAUACGAAGAUUAAAUAAAUGAUACAUACGAUAAUAAACAAUAAGGAAAUCGAGAAAAGAGAAACCUUUAAAAUAAACUUCGACAAAUAUUAUUUAAUACAAUUAAUAUUAAAAUGGCUGACAUAUAACGCACUAGUGGCAGGAGACGAAGCAAAAAGGAUUUUCCAAAGUUAAUAUAAGGGCGUUUAAUUGGGGGAUGAAAUUUUGUAAGGAAAUUCGUUAUUUCUGUUAUGAAAUAUGACAGUCGGUAUUUAGGCUUAUGUGAAUGAGUUAAGGGGCAUCUCCCCUUAACUCAUUCCAAGCUUUUUUUUAUCUACGUCAUCUAAUAUGAAACUUAGGAUAAAAAAUGGGAGCCAGUAAUUUUUUAAAUGUUGGAAUUAUGAAAAUCUCUGUUAAGGCUGUUGUAAAAGAUAGCAGUUAUAUAAUAUUUUGAAAUAUUUUACGCAAGAUGGUAAAAAAGGUGAUGAAAGUAUGUUUGAAAAUUUGACCUAUUUGCAUUUGAUUUUGGAAAUCGCCCUUUAGGCAUCUCUUUAUGCGUUAAAGAUAGACGAUUCAAAAAGUUUUCAUAGUUUUGGCGCCAAAUAUAGAUUGCGCCAGAGCGACUGGCAGUUUAAAAUGAAAUUCGUUUCGGUUUCGAAAUUCGUAAAAAAUCCUGUUGAAUAAACGCGAAGUUUCGCGGGCGCUACUACCAGUUAGAAUAAAACUUUAAUUAUUAUCAUUCAAACAUUAAGUUGAAAAAGAUAAAUUAUAUUAAAUAACGACAUUGUUUAAUUUUGAUUAUGGUUAAUUUAGAUACUUAUUCUGUUUUGUUAUUUCUAAUUAUAUCAAACCUCUUACGUGAAAUUGGCACAAUAAUUUGCGCCUAAUCCAGGAACACAAUGCCACAAUAAAAAAAUAAUCCGGAA